AUGAACAACACAUUUGAUCUGAGGCUACAUUCAUUUGAUAAUUACUCAGGCACACCACAAAAGAGACAGAAUAGUUUAUCAUCACAAAUGGUUCAUACUUCCAACAAACGAACCCCUAAUCCACUUCAAACCCCCUUGGGAAUGCAAAGCGCCCAAGAAUAUCCAUUCACUGUCAACCACCACAACAACAAUAACAACCUGACUUUGAAUUCACCUACAACUGUACCACAAGUGUCAUCACCACGGUACAAUGUUCGAUCUAGAAAAAAUGUGAUCCAACACAUGAAAACCCCCACACCGUCAGCUUAUGAAGUUCCAUCCAGUCCUAAUAUUAAUCAUUUAUCACAUUUAUCAAAUCAUAAUCAUUCUGAUCUGUCUGAUUCCAAUGCUAUGUUGGAUAAUACUCAAGAGGCAAUGGACACUAAACUGGCAUCCCGUUCUUAUUCACAGCAACAAUCAUAUUCUCACCUGACACAUCCACAAAAUUAUCAACAACAACAACAACAACAACAGCAGCAGCCCACGCCGCAGACCUCAGCACCGCCACCAUCUCUGCAACAACAACAGCAACAGCAACAACGAGCUAUGUCGGAAGAAGAACAGCAACUUGCAGCAAAACUUAAAGAAACUUACAAAAAUAUUGUCAACUAUGAAGAAAUUGUUCAAAAAAAUUGUAUUGAAGUAACCUUAAAGAUAAACCAAAUAACUUCAACGAACAAUACAAAUUUGGUAUAUGGAUCACCUAUGGCAUCUCAAAAUUUGUCAAGUUCAUUAACUUCAAAUUCAUCAGUAGUUUCGAGUGCAACUAGAACAUCCGAAUUACUGAAUGAUUUAUGGACUGUAUAUCACCAAAAUGUAACCUUAUUGGAUAACUAUUACGAUUUUUUAGUUACAUCUUUAAAGCCAUCCUCAAACCAAACUCAAUAUAAAACCGGGAAAAACAUUGUUGAAUUAUACAAGAUUCCUAGAAGAAUGUGGGUUUAUGGAAUAGUGGGGUUUCUUGAAGUUUUGAAAAACAUAAUGAGCAUUUUUCAAGACCAUGAGAUUUGUCUGUGCUUCAUAUCAUAUUGCUUUAAUAUUAUUUCCAAUUUAGCAGAUCCAAUUUUAGAAAUGGAAGGGUGGUGGCUGGAAAAAUUGGGCGACUUAUCAAGAAUGGCCAUUGCCCUUUAUGCAUCCAAAUUCAUUGACUGGAAAAUCAGUGCUGAGUGCUGGUAUUCUGUUGCAAUGAAAACACUUUAUGGUCAUGGGAAAAUUUACUAUCACAUGUGUACUGUACAACAGGAUAAUUUAGAUGCUUUGGUCAACAUUGGUAAAUCUGUGAUUUGCCGUGAUCCUUUUGUUCCUACACAGCAUUAUUUAAGAUUAGUGGUGGAAAACAUAUGCACACAAAGAAACAUUUUGUCAUUGUUAGAAUUACCUAUUAUUGAUUUCAUUAAAAUUCAUAAAGUUUUACUUAGUAUUCAUAAUGGUAGAAGCAGCGACGGAAAUUCUUCAGAGAGUAUACAAGAUUCUCAAUUGCAAUACGGAAUUGAUUUGGUUACAAGAUAUGGAUUAACCUUUGGUUCUGAUUCAAAUGGGUAUAAUUUUUUCACCCGUGAAUUAUACGCUGCUGGCAAUGGUGCCAAUUCAGUCAAUGACCUGCAGCAACAGCAAUAUUAUCAGCAACAACAACAACAACAACAACAAAUGCAACAAAUGCAAUUACAACAACAACAACAACAACAACACCCGCCACCUCCGCAGCACCAUAUACAGCAAAUACAACAACCUAGUGCUACAAAUACUAUUGAAAAGAUGAAUUUUUGGUUUAAUAAGGGCUCGUUAUUCGCCAUUUCAAAUAUCAACCAUCUUGUUGGAUUUGGUGAUGCAAAAAACCCGUUUGCCAAAUUAUUUCAAUUACCAGAAGCAUUAAAAGAACGGAAAGACAAAAAAGAUCGUAAAAGAAAAUCAAGAAGUGCUUCACAAACAGAAGAUGCCAACUUGGCCACUAUUGGAAGUGGUGGAGUAGAUGGCCAAUCAGUUAUUGCUGGAGACUUAACUACUAAUGAUUGGUUUUAUUGUCUUCAAUUCAUUAACAAAUCGGUACUUGAAUUAUCCAUGAGAAUAUUGAACCAUUAUUUAAUUGGUCCCAAACAAGCAUCUACUGCUCAUAUAAUAGUGUGGUUAUAUUUCUUAAUUAGUAUUGGUGAAAGUGUACAGAAAUAUCCUUCCAGUCAAACCAUGAUCAAUUGGUUAUUUAAGAAAAUUUUUCCCUGGGAAUCCUUGAUUAAUUAUUUGAAUUCAUUAUUAUCAUUUGUGAAAAAUAGUCCAAAAUUAUGUGCAAUGUAUACUCAUUAUCUUCAAGUUAAUUAUAUUCAAUUUUUCAAUGAAAAUGAAUUUUUACCAGAAGUAUGGAAAUGUUGGGGUACUCUUUGGUUUGAUUUAAUUAGUGAAAAGAAUGAUUACAUUGAUCUGGAAACAGCUGGAGUUAAAAAUAACAAUCUAUUUGAUUUACCAAUUUGUGGAACUUACCCUGUAAUCAAUAUGUCAGGAGAUAAUUUUGAUUUGAAAUCGAAAAACCAAAUGGAGAAUGAUAAUGAUGAACGAAUUGUUCGUAUUAUAUUAUUGGCAAGAACCAUUGCUGAUAAUUAUGGAUUUGGAUUAGUUCGUACUAGUGAUGAAUUUAAAUUUGAUGAAAAUUUGUAUCAUCGAGAAGUCAAUGAUGCAUUUGCUGAAGAAUUUAUUUUGGAUAGUAGAUUUCUGCAAAAUAAUUUCAUGCAACCAAUAUCUCGAGAAAAUUUAACUUUUGAAACUAAUCAUGAAUUAUCAUCUAUUCAAAAAGAUGAAGUAUGGUUUGGUGGAUUUGAUAGUCAUUUGUAUGAUGAUGAAAACAUUGAAUUAGGUGAAGAUAUAAUUGAUUGUGAAGAAGAUAUUGAAGUAUAUGCCAAUGAAUAUGGCCGAGCUUCUACUGCUGUUGGUGGUGGUAGUAGUCACCAUGACAUUUACGGUGAUAGUUUUAUUGGAACUCCAACAGAUCCAUUAUCAUUAGGUGGGAGUAGUGAUGAAGAUUAUGAAGGGAAUUUUGGUGAUAAAAUAGAUAGUAAUGUAACUCAUAUAACAUUGGAUACUAACAUUUGGUUGAAGCAUUGUGGUAGAAUUUAUAAAUGUGUUAGAAAUGGGGUUAUAAAAGUUCUGAUUCCAUUGAUUGUAUUCCAAGAGUUGCGAGCAUUAAGAAAAUCACCAGAAGCCACUAUAGCUGAUGCUGCCACCAGAUCAGUAAUUAUAAUUCGUGAAUUAUAUUUGACAAGAGAAGUUGUCCCAUUGAGAUUCGAUGGCACGGUUGCAUCUGAUAUAAAUGAAACUACAGAAUUUGAAAAUAAUUCUACGUGGAGAUCAAAUGUUGAUGAAACAAUUCUUCAUGCAGUCAAUGAGCAUGAUGAAAUGGGUAAAAGAUUGAUGAAAGGGUUAAAUUUACGAUUAUCUUCUAGUACAAAAGAGGAUUUCAAUAAACGAGAUCCACCAGUGUUAAAUUCACGUAUGGCAAAGACAUUCAAAUAUUGUAUCUUGAUAACUGAUGAUAGAAAUAUGAGGUUAAGAGCUAAAACCAUUGGGUUAACUUCAUUUCAAAGUAAAUGGUUGUUUGGUCAAUUAGAGACAGUAUUUUCCGACAAGUGUAUUGAUUAG